AUGGACAAGUUUUUGAAAAGACCCAGCGCUAGCACUAGUAUAGAGGCCGAUGUCGAUGAGAAAAGGUCAAAAGUUGAAACGGAAAAGGCAUCGGCUAAGGGUGUUUCCGCUAGCUUAAAAACUGUUAAGAAAUGGAUGAAAGAGUUUAAUAUAGAUUUGCAGUAUGAUGUUGAAGAUGACCACGUGACAAAAAUUGUCUGCAAAACUUGCAAGUCAUUUGCACCAGCAAACAUGUCCUCAAAUUUUGUCUCCGGUAACACUACUGUCAAGAGAGAGUCGGUUGCUUUCCAUGUAAAAUCUGCAAUGCAUGAACGAGCCAUAAAUUCAAAGUGUGCCCAAGAGAAAAAGGCCAGAAAUGAGCCCUCUGAUCUUGAAAAGGGUUUUCAAAAAAUAGAUAUGGGUACCUCUGAGAAAAUGAGCAAACUCUUUAGAACUUCAUAUUACAUUGCCAUGAAGGAGAGACCAUUUACAGAUUUUCCUGACUUAGUAGACCUUCAGACCAUUAAUGGUUUGCCACUUGGUGACACUUACCAUACUGACAAAGCUGCAAGAAAUUUCAUUGAGCACAUUGGUGGUGUUUAUUUUGAUAAUAUCAAAGGUCUUAUUCAUGAUGCUGAUUAUUUUAGCAUAUUUUGUGACGGAUCAACUGAUAGGUCAGAUACUGAAAAAGAAGUUAUUUUUGUUAAAUGUUUAGAAGAUUAUUAUCCAAAAAUGAAAUAUCUUAAACUUGUUGAACCUGAAAACACAAAGGCAGAAGGCAUCUUAGCAGCUAUUGACCAAGCAUUUUUUGAGUUUGAGCUUAACAAUUACAAGCAGAAAACUGUAGGCUUUUGUUCAGAUGGGGCAUCAGUUAUGAUGGGGUCUAAAAAGGGUGUUAUUCAAUUGCUAAAAACAAAUGGCAAUGCUGAAUGGAUUAAAGCAGUCUGGUGUUUGGCACACCGGCUAGAGCUUGCUGUAAAAGAUGCCUUCAAGUCAACAUACAUGGAUAAUGUUAUAGAAAUGCUUGUUUCUAUUUACUAUUUUUAUAAGGGCUCAGGCAAAAGGUUUAAAGAAGCUGAAGACAUAGCAGAGUUAUUAGGGGAACAUUUUAUGAAACCAGAAAAAGCUAAUGGCACUAGGUGGGUUGACCAUAAACUUAGAGCAACCAGUAAACUAAUUCAAAACUGGCAAGUUAUUAUCACUCAGAUGGAGAAUUAUGCUGAGGACAAUUCAAACAGAGGACAUGAUAGGGAAAAAGUAAAGGGCUACUUAAGACGACUUAAGCAACAUAAAAUGGUGGUGUUUAUGGGGUUUGUUAAAGAUGUUUUGAAUGAAGUAGCCAAAAUAAGUUUGCUCUUUCAGAGAGAAGAUAUCACAGUUUACAGUGCUGUGACAAAACUCCAGAGUGCUGAAACUGCCUUAAGGGCAUUAAUUGACAAUGAUGGUCCAUCUGUCAUUGAGAUUAAAGAACAGAUAAGAGAUGGAAAGUUUCAUGGUGUUCAGCUCCUUAAUUUGCUCCCUAAUGAUACAUUGGCCAAUGACAGACGUAGAAUCACACAGUCAGUACUGGACUGUUUGUCAUCUAGAUUAGAAAAUUUGACAACUGAUGAAAUAUUCCUGGCUUGUAAUGCUUUUGAUCAUAAAAACUGGCCACUAGCUACUGAGAGAGAUGCUCUUUUGCAGUAUGGCAAUGGUGAUGUCAGGGUUAUCUACAGGCAUUAUCAAACAGUUUUAACCAAUGCUGACUGUAACUUGGUCAAUGCACUUAGCCAAUGGGCUGAUCUGAAGUUUCAUGUAUCUGGAAAUGCAAGAUAUACCAACAAACAUCCACUUUUAGUUUGGCAGCUAGUUAGUCAAAUGGACCAAGAUAAGGGUGACUAUAAAGAUAUACUUAAAAUAAUACAUCUGACAAAUGUCUUGCCAUUGGCUAAUGCCUCAUGUGAGAGAGCAUUUUCCACAAUGAAGAGAAUAAAGUCUGACUGGAGGUGUAGGCUAGGAGCUGAAGUCCUUGACACUUUGAUGCGAAUCAAAGUUGCUGAUGUUGCCCUUAGAGAGUCUGACCCAAAACCUGCUGUGACAAGAUGGUGGUUGUCUGGACAAAGACAGAAAAGACCAAAUACUCUGCCAUAUGGAGCCAGAAACUGA